GGAAAAAAAAGUAGCGCGAGUCGUGUAUACUUGAGCUCAGCUGACUGGAGGCUCCACAAAGGUUUCUGCUGCCGCUACUCCUGUUGUUGUUGUUAUCGUUAGCAUUUUAGUCUGUAAUGCGGUAAACAGCAGCUGUUGGCUGAAAAAUGGAGCGGUACGGGUCGGACACGGAGGGAGACGAGCAGGAGACACCGCUGCUACACCGGGGACACGACGACAAAGUGCAGAGAGCCCCGGUAUGCUGUUCAUCACGCUAUGGCCUGGCGUUGCUCUCCUCUUAUGGCUUCUUUGUGGUCUACUCCUUGCGGGUCAACCUCAGUGUGGCGAUGGUGGAAAUGCUCAACUCCACCCACCAAGCCAACACCAACCACAGCUCAGUGUGUCCAGCUCACACCGGCCCUGUACAACCCAAACCCAACCACAUGGCCAAUGUGUACGACUGGGACUCCGAGACACAGGGCUGGAUCCUGGGCUCAUUCUUCUACGGCUACAUCCUGACUCAGAUCCCUGGGGGAUACCUGGCCGGCCGCUUUGGACCCAAGUGGCUGUUGGGUUUGGGAAUCCUGGGAACUGUAAUUUUUACGCUGCUCACCCCUGUGGCUGCUAAUCUGGGUGCAAGUUACCUCAUCGCUGUCAGGGUGCUGGAGGGGAUAGGAGAGGGAGUCACAUUCCCUGCAAUGUACACCAUGUGGGCCGCAUGGGCCCCACCGCUGGAGAGGAGUCGACUGCUCACCAUUUCCUACAUAGGAGCCCAGCUGGGGACGGUGAUAGCUCUUCCUCUGUCUGGUGUAAUCUGCUUCUACCUGGAGUGGACCUACGUCUUCUAUGUAUUUGGUGGCGUUGGCCUGGUGUGGUUCGUCUUGUGGGUCUUCCUUGUGUUUGACAGUCCAAACACUCACCCGCGGAUCUCAGAGCGAGAAAGACUCUACAUCACCAACUCACUGAAAAACGAGCUGUCCACAUCAGCAGGCUACAUCCCCUGGCGAUCCAUAGUGACAUCCGGACCGUUGUGGGCCAUCGUUGUGGCUCAUUUCUCCUACAACUGGACCUUCUACACCCUCCUCACCCUGCUGCCAACCUACAUGAACGACAUACUGGGAUUCAGCAUACAGCAGAAUGGCUUGCUAUCAGCUCUGCCUUACCUGGGCUGUGCUGUGGUCGCUGUGCUGUGUGGCCAGCUCGCCGAUUAUCUGCGGGAAACCUGCCUCUACCGCACUGUCAUUGUCAGGAAGGCCUUCUCCAUCAUCGGUAUGAUUGGGCCGGCGGUGUUCCUGGUAGCGGCAGGAUAUAUCGGCUGUGACUACACCUUGGCUGUGAUCUUCCUCACCAUCUCCUCCUCUCUGGGCGGAGCGUCAGCUUCUGGCUUCAACAUCAACCACCUUGACAUUGCUCCUUCGUAUGCUGGUAUUCUGCUGGGUAUCACCAACACCUUUGCCACCAUUCCUGGUAUGGUGGGACCAGUCAUUGCGAGAGCCCUCACCAAAGAAAACACCAUAGAAGAAUGGCAGACUGUCUUCUACAUCGCUGCUGCCAUCAACUUGUUUGGGGCGACAGUUUACACUAUAUUUGGCCGAGGAAUGGUGCAGCCCUGGGCUGUCCGCACAUCCUACUCUCACGGAGACUGAGACCGAGGAAGAGUACCAGACUCAUCCAUUUGAUAAGUCUGAAUCAUCAAAUGGAAAAGUUUCAAUCAAUGGGUAAUUUCAGCUAGAGAUGUGUUCCAGAUGUGUUGAUGAUGCUCAAAGCACGGCUAACUAACAGUGAGUAACAGCCAUAAUACCCUUGAGGAUGUUCUUUACUGUGACUGUGGGUACUUAAGAGUCUGUUGACAGAUGAGCCUCCAGUCACAGUAAUGAACAAACCAGAUUGCAGUUUAUUGAAGCAGAGGCAGAAAUGCUUUGGAGGCAAUUGAGCAGAGCCAAACAACCACAAUAUGCAUCUCCAAGAGGUGUCAGAGGAAGCUGUUAGCUGCUAGCGAGCUUGUUGACUGUUACGCAUCAUGAAUACCAUUGUAAAUAAGCUAUGACAAAUAAUCCCAUUUAGUUCCUUUUUUAGUGUUCCAGUUUGCCAGUUGGCAAACUUGCUCGGCUCAACUGUCAUUUCUGCCUCCAGAGCACUUCUGCUUUAAAAGAUUUUUUUUAUUUUUUACCCACAGUAAACACUUGAGUUUUACUGCCAUAGUAAAAGUCUACACUCUUAAGACUGAUGUUUUUUGUGUAUGUUAAGUUUGGGAUGACACAAAAUUUCUAAUUGCAAUUUCUUAACUAAGUGCCAGUAAGUGUUGGUUUUAAGUGCCCCCCCCAAAAAGCCAUCCCGAACUGGACGCACAAAGUUAACGUCUUUUUUGAGAGAAAAUUGUGACAACACAACUUGUUUAGGAAACAUCUUACAGUGAAGCCUUCUUAAAAUUAUUUUAGAGAUUUGUCCCUCAUGUGAUUGCAAACGGAUCAUUUCUUUGUAUUUACUUGUCGUAUGGUGCAGUGAAGGGAUUUUUUAAAUGUUUUUAUUUGAACAAUAUGUAUUGUCUUUAAAGGUUAUGUCCACCAGGCACAUCUUUUUAUUUUAGGUGGCAGUCUUUAACUGAUCCAUGUGGAAAGCAUGGGUAACAAUGACAUGUUAGCCGUAUGUAACACUAAGAAGAUGUUAAGCUAUUGUUACACCUUUCUAACAAAGGGAAAGAAAAAAAAAGUACAGUAAAGAUGUUCCUGGUGGACACACACCAUUACUUUGUUCAAAAGAUUUGCACUCUCUGUGUCAAUUCUCAGGUAUCUUAUGUGACAAAAGGAUUGAAAAGGAUAUUUGUUUACUUUUUACAGAUGUAUUGAUCUACCACAUUGAGGUAUGCGUCCUCAAUUUUUAAAUGUAAACUAAAAUUUAAUUUUAAAAUGAAUUCAGAUGGUGGUAAACCGAAAAUGUGAUAGUCACUAGGGUAUUAUACUGUAUGCAUCCUGUCCCUUUAGACAUUAUGACUAUAGAGAGGUAAAUCAAAAAUAAGCCACAAGGGAAACGUUUUGUCUGAGGUGUAAUAUCUGUCAACAAGUAGCACCAUUAUCUCACUUUAUGAUGCAUUGCACUUGUGCCUUAUUACAUUAACUUAACGGGGUCAAACCAUUCAGGACUGUAGACUCAUAUAAUUUGUUUCUUUAAGUAACCUUUAAGUUACUUUUUCUUAUUUUUGUUUAACAUUAGCCCCCAUACACAGAAAAUAAAGGGACUUUUGUAUGAUACAUAGGCUGUACUAAAAAGGGUAAUCAUUGUAAACAUUCCAGUAAAAUGUCUCAAAUCACUGUCAUGUAUUGUAAAUAAAUCAUAUGCAAAUGCAAUUUUGUGUUGGAUUAUUUCAUUAUGUAGCCUCUGUCACAGACUUUCAACUGACUAAAGGUACAAUGUGCUUUUCAUUAUUGCAGUUCCAAUAACUUCUUUAGGUCUCUGAUGAAUAAGUGCAAGAGAAGAACAAAUUAACCAACAACUGGAUGAUCAUCAACCCAUCACAUUCAUUUAGCCUAUUUAUAUAUUAAAUAUGUUAUGUUCUACAUGUAGAGGGGGGGAAACUUCACACUAGCCUUACAUAUCUCCUUAUUUGUGGAAUAUUUACUUUAAAGAACAAUUAAUAUGGUAUUCCUUGUUGAAAGAAUUAAUAAAGUUGUCUGAGUAGCUUGACCUAAACCCUACUUCCUGGAGUGUUUUUAAGAAUCAAAUAAAACUUAGCUAUGUAAACAAUGUGAUUCACACCUGAACGAAAUAAGAUCAUAAAUGUAAGAAAAAAGAUAA